UUACUACAUGGUGUCAUAAUAGUAACACUGUCUUCUUCAGAGGGAGAUUACAUACUUAAAACAAGCAGUGUUAUCAUGAAAUCAAUCAUAGUAAUGGGCUGAUAGAAUAAUUAAUAGGUAGAUUGCUAAUGAAAAACACCAUUCAGGCCUGGAUAAUGACGCACACAUGCACGUACAGCACCCGCCUCUUACCUUGGUAAAUCUGUGAGAGAGAUGCUUACCGCUGCAGGUUCAUUGGCAGGAUGGGACAUUUCUGCAUAAAUCUACAGGGCUCUUGAGCUUCAUGUGGUGGUGGUGUUGUUGUUGUUUUGUCUGUCUUUCUCCUCCUCCAGUCCCAGGCGAGGAAAUAGAAGCUGUCCAAGGUGAGUCAGCAGCACGGCGCAGCAGAUUGAGCAGUUGGCUGAUGCUCUAAGAGAGACAGGGGAAGAGGGAGCUGAUUAGUUUGACAUUUUUCUUCCCGUUACCUCAUGACAAAAAGCAAGUGAAAAUGCGGAAUCACACGUCCGGUGCUAACGUGGAGGAGCGGCUGAGGCAGUCUCAUAUGGAGUUACAGUGGAUCCAGAGACAGCUGGCCACGAUCGCUGCCAAAAACCUACACCAUCACCACCUGCACACCAAGGGCAAGACAAGAUUUGAAGUUUCAUCCCAGCAAACUACAGCACAAUCGGUCUACAAUGUGAACCGCUUUCGAUUGCUGGAGGAGAGAAACCGAGCUCUGAAGCUUGAGGUAGCCACGCUUCGCCAAGAGAAACAGCAGUAUAGGAAACUGAGAGCAAAGCUCCAUGCUGCCUUGCAGGAGAAAAAUCAUCUGAACCUUGAGCUGAUCAACCUCCACCUGAAGACGUCCAAGUAUGACCAGGUGCGAUCAGACUAUGACGAGCUGAGACAGAGCUUUGCUGUAGUGAGCCAGGAGAGAGACGUGGCCCAGCAGCAGAGGAGCCAUCUCCAAGGCAAAGUGGAGGACCUGGAACAGGUUCUAAAGCGUAUGCACCAGGCUGUAGAGCUGAAGCAGCAGCUGCAGAUAGAGCAUGAGCGAGCCUUGGUGGCCCUUCACACCAAGCAGAAGGAGAUCAAUCAACUGCAAAAGAACAAUAUGGACAGAAUGUUUCAGGUCAAGGUUCAUGACCUGGAGCAGAAAUGCAGGUCACGGAGUGAACGCUACCACCAGCUGUCCAAAGAGCUGCUGAAUUUCCGUCUGCAAUCAGAUACUGUGGACAUCCUCAAAAUUAAUCCCGCUUCCACAUCCCAGAUCCUUCUCUCACCAGAGAAGAAACUCUCACAAGUCAUCGUUAAAUUUGAAUCCCAGAAAGAGACAGGGGAUGAGAGCGCGGCACACCACGCCGCUACGAUCCCCAGUUUUUCCCCUGCACACCACGACUGGAGACGGGCAAAAAACCAGAAUUUCUGCCCGGGGAACGUGAACGGGGCACUACAGACUGGCAACAUUGUGGAAAAUAUGGAGGAUGAGGCCAGCCCAUCACCCAGGUCCAAGCCUCGCUACACUGGCCAGGUCCGCCUUUGCACUGCCCGAUACAGUUAUAACCCUUACGAUGGACCAAACGAGCAUCCUGAGGCAGAACUUCCCCUUGUGGCUGGAAAAUACCUGUACGUGUACGGAAACAUGGAUGACGACGGCUUCUAUCAAGGGGAGCUGCUAGAUGGUCAGCGAGGACUUGUUCCGUCCAACUUUGUGGCGUUUGUCCAGGACAAGGAAAAGCUAGCAAUUCAGUCUGGUGAGGGAGGAGAAGACCUGGGGCCACUGAACCAUAUGCCCCUGGCCUUGAUGGCAGUGGAUGGAGGCGCCUCACAGGAUGGUCUCCUGGGCUCAUCCAACGCCUUGGUUCCCUGUAGCAAUGGGACAGGGGGGCCCCUGGACCCUGAGGACCUGGCUGAAGACGUUGUGCCUUAUCCUCGAAAGAUCAACUUGAUCAAGCAGCUGGCACGGAGCGUCAUUGUGGCCUGGGAGCCUCCACUAGUGCCUUUGGGCUGGGGGAACAUCUCUGGCUACAACGUGUUAGUAGACGGGGAGCUUCGUGCCAGUAUAGCGUACGGUGGCCGGACCAAGUGUUUGCUGGAGAAGCUGGACUUGGACGGCUGCGUUCAUCGUGUGUCAGUGCAGAGUGUCACGGACCGGGGCCUCUCAGACGAGCUACGCUGCACCUUGCUGGUGGGAGCCAACGUGGUGGUGGCGCCAUGCGGCCUUCGGGUGGACGACAUCCAGCGUGACACUGCUGAGCUCUCCUGGUUGCCUAGCAACAGUAACUAUGGUCACACUGUGUUCUUGGAUGGGGUAGAGCAUGCAGUUGUAAAGCCAGGAAGGUAUAUACUACGCUUUAUCAACCUGAAGCCCCUGACAGUAUACAAAGUGACGGUGGUGGCACAGCCGCACCAGGUGCCAUGGCAACUGCCUCUGGAGCAGAGAGAGAGGAAAGAAGCCGGUGUGGAGUUCUGCACUCAGGCUGCAGGUCCACCACCAUAUUGCAGAACAGGCCCUCCCCAGCCUCCCCAGGAUGUACAGGUGCUCUGUGGGCAGGCUCCAGGGGUCCUACAGGUCCGCUGGAAGCCCCCCAUCCUCUCUCCCAUGGGCACAUCCAAUGGGGCAAAUGUCGUUGGCUAUGCAGUCUGCACUAAAGGACAGAGGAUAGCUGAGGUGUUGUUCCCAAUGGCAGACUAUGUUACUGUCGAGCUGACAAGGAUUCAGUGCCUGGAGGCCAGGGAAGUCAUCGUCAGGACACUAUCAGUACAGGGAGAAUCCCAGGACUCUCAAGUUGCCGUCAUUCCAAACAACCUCCUUGUGCCUCUACCUGCUCUGCCCCUGCCACCGCCAAUGCACCUCCACGCAGGCCCCCCUCCGCACCCACAUGCUCAACCCCACCUCCAAUCCCCUCACCAUCCUCAUACCACACCCCAACUUCCUGCUCCACCCCAGGCACACGGACAACCACUCCAACCCCAUCCUCCUCACCCUCAACCUCAUCCCAGAAAUCCCCACCCAGGUGGACCCCCGCAACCCCAGCUUCGACCCCCACGUCCUCAGCCCUUACACCUUCAGCCUCACCCUUCCCAACAAGGUCCCAGGCCCCAGCACCAACUGCCUCUGAUACCCCACCCCCAUCACCACCCUAUACCUCAGAGACCAGUAUGUGCCAGAGACCUGGAUGCCAAAGAGCAUGCGGCUCACCAAGGGGGAGCUUUUCCUCCUGGCCAGCCUGGCUGGGACCCCACACGCUCUCCCUCUUCCCAGCCUCCUGUGCCCAUGCAAGGCCACACCCUUGAGGCCCCUCCUCCUGCCAAUCCACGCUCCCCCUCCCCCCAGAGGAUUCUUCCACAGCCUCGAGGCACACUCAUCCCGGACACGGUGGCUAAAGCCAUCGCCCGAGAAGCAGCGCAAAGGGUGGCAGCAGAAAGUGGCAAGGGUGACAGGAGGCAGGGCAGAUACGGAGAACAGGGUCGUUCUUUUCACCAGCAUCACUCUGAUGAAGAGGAAGACGAAGAAGGGUUCGCGGGCAGCCGUCGGAGAGGACCCUCAGUCGAUGAGUUCCUCAGAGGCUCUGAGCUUGGGAGGCCGCCUCACUAUGGUCACAAUGAAGAUUAUCACAGCGAAAGCAGCCGGGGCUCUGACCUGUCUGACAUCAUUGAAGAGGAUGAGGAGGAGCUGUACUCUGAGAUGCAGCUGGAAGAGGGACGUCGACGCAACUCGCACAACACACCCAAGACCAACACUCCUGCUGGAGGCCGUCAUGAUCGGGAGACUGGCCGAAGAACUCAUCAUGGCAGUUCCCAGCCUCAGAGACGACCUCUAAUGGUCCCCUCCAUUGAGGUAACCUCUGAGAAUAACAGUGAGGGAAACCCCAUCACCGAGGAUGUAUACUAUGGCAAAGUAGCUCGGCACAGGACGUGGUCUUCCCGCAGGCACAUGGGCGGCACCAGGUCUCCCCAUGAUGACUACAGGGAUCGGGAUCGCCGCUCUCCCACCUACUAUGAUGAGUCGGAGCCUGAGGAGUCUUUUCGGAUCUUUGUGGCCCUCUUUGACUACGAUCCUCUGUCCAUGUCCCCCAACCCAGAUGCAGCUGAUGAGGAGCUGCCCUUCAAAGAGGGGCAGAUCAUUAGGGUGUAUGGUGAUAAAGAUACAGAUGGGUUUUACAGAGGAGAAGUGAGGGGCAGGAUGGGGCUGAUCCCCUGUAACAUGGUCUCAGAGAUCCGAGCAGAGGACGAGGAGACCAUGGACCAGCUCAUCAAACAGGGCUUUCUGCCACUCAGCACCCCUGUGGACAGAAUAGAGCAGAACAGAAGAGGCCUCCGUCGAGAUCAGGCCUCGAGGAGGAUGGUGGCUCUGUACGACUACGAUCCCCGAGAGAGCUCUCCUAAUGUUGAUGUUGAGGCUGAGCUGACCUUCUGUGCUGGUGACAUCAUGGCUGUGUUUGGAGAUAUUGAUGAAGACGGAUUCUAUUACGGUGAGAUCAACGGCCACCGUGGUCUGGUUCCCUCUAACUUCCUGGAAGAAGUGCCUGAUGACGUGGAGGUGUAUCUGACCGAUACUCCGUCCCACUACCCCCAGGAAGAGCCUGCCAACCGGCCGCCUGCCAACUCUGCCACCACCGUCUCAGAGGGCAAACGGAUUACCACAGAAACCACCGACACGGUCAACAACGACGCCACACCUGUCCGAGCGCCAUCCCCGAUUGUUCGGCCCCUCCUCCCAGGCACCAUGAGACCCCUCAGUCCUACAAGGGGCCCCCGCAUCCCUCUGGAAUCCAGGGACCCCCGAGACCAAGAUCUGGCAAACAAGAAGAAGAAAGGACUACUUUCCAAGGGGAAGAAGCUCCUGAAGAAACUCUCGCCUGUGAAAUAAUACAAAAAGGCACACAUGUACUAUACGUGUAUAUGCCAGGCUCUGUAUAUUGCAUCCAUACAAUCAACUCUGAUCCAACAACACAUGACAGAGAAGAUGUGAGCUUUGUCUCCUGGACUGCCUGAUCCUAUUUUAAUAUAACCAGUGAUACAAUUAUUCAUGUACGGUGAUGGACACAAAUCAAUUAUGUACAGUGCAGUGCCAAAAUCAAGAGAGCGGUCACCUGCCGACACAAUAACAUACUACUGUGAUGUAUUUUAAAUCAACGGAUGGCGAAAAAAAAACAACUAGGAUUUUCAUGACAGUAUUUUUCUGUUUUCUUUAUCGUUACUUAAAGAAACUGUUCAUUUGUUUCAAGCAGGGUAGCUGUGAAAACAAGGCAUCUGGUUACAUCUUCUAAUGGGCUUUUUUUCUCCGCAAUGAAACAAAAACAUACAUUUUUGUGGAGUAUUGAUGUCACUUCAAGGAAACGGAGACCUUACUCCUCUAUGAAGAUCUCAAAUAGACUACACUGUUAUCGAGGCAUUCUGUCAAGCAAUGCUGGCUGCUAACAUAAAGGCUUUAUUCUGUGCAAUAUCAUAGAGAGGCGGUAGCAUAUGUAUGUGGGAAGAAAAUAAAUAUUUCCACUUGUACCUGUGAUUUCAACAGAGUGGAGUUUUUCUGUGAUGAAAGGCAUUUAAAUAAAAAAAUAGAAUAGCAGAUUGGCAAGAGGGCAUUAACGUCAGAGACACCGGGCGAGCUCAGCUGUCUCAGUGGCCUUUAUUAAAACAAUACGAGCGUGACAUUGCUCGUUUGAUUACAAGUUUGAUUUACACCAGGGUUUAUUUGUUUCAUGAUGGGUUGCUUGUGCUUUGUCAUUUAAAAAAAACAAAAAUUUAAAUAAGAGUAGAGAUGUUUGUUGUCUUCGCUGUCAAACUGUCAUGAAAUGCCUAGUUCAAGACAAAACUUUGUGUCUUCCUACUGCACAAAGGUGGGUGUUUUGAUUGGUAAAAGACAUGUUUUGUGGGUGUGUGUGUGUGUGUGCGCAGCAGUAUGUGAUGCAUUCAUGUUUUGCACCUUUCAUGUCUCUUGUUCACUAUUCUUUUCUCAAAGAGAGGCCAUGCAGUUACUGGUCCUGUGUUUUAGGGAUGUGCUUCUACCUCCAUUGCCCGUGCACUGUUCAGAUUUGUUGUCUCAUGUUAAAAGGCUGUUAAAGCCUAAUAGAAAUUACAAAUCAAAAUGUCAAGGUGUGCAUUGUUCACUGGUUAUGUUUCAUCAAGCUAAGGUCUGUGGAGAGAAACACUAACUGAUUUCACAUUUCAUAUCUGGUUGCUUUUAUGUUCUACAUGACUUGUACUUACAGUACUUAAGGACUAUACCAUUACAAUUUAACAUGUUUUACCAUUUCUGGUACAGAAUACAUUUUGACCUUUUUCCUUUGAUUUUGGAUAUUUUAAAAAUGUAUACAACAAGCACAUGUAGUCAAAGCCUGAGUCUGCAUGGAGACACUUAUCAGUGAUGUCAAUUUUCUGUUUAUCCAUGUAGUUUGUUGACUCACUGAAUGUCUUCUGACACCAACACACAUAUUUGCAUUAUGCCUCUAAAAAACUUGCAAUGGGAAAUGUCAUCAGAUCAGUGGAAACUACUUGGGUUUAUUAUAUCCUGCAGACUGUCACACUGGCUGUCUAUUAAUUCAAUUUAUUAUUCAUUGUCAUUCAUUCGUUGUAAAAUGCUCCAAAAUCCAAAAUGCGUCUUGAAUACAAGAUGGUUGAGUCUGCAGUGAGGAAAUACUGAAAUCUGAAUGAAGUGUUCUAAGUGAAUGACUGGAUUUCACUUUCACUUUUUGUCCUUCAAUUUAUUCAGUUCCAAUUCUCACACAAGUCCUCCAAAACACACAUCCAUAUGGGGGGUUUAUUCCUCCCCUCUUUCAGAUUCACUUUCUACUACUUUCAGCCAGUAGUUCCAAUUCAGCCUAUAUUAACAUUAACAUUUUUUUUAUUUAUUUUUUUGCUGGUUUUCACAUCCAGGUAAAUUGGAAAAUCUGGAGCUUGGAGAGCAAACCAAAUUCUAAAUGAAAGAAUGGAAGCCCUAAAAUGCGCAACGCUACCAACGCUACCUUUGAAGAAAAAAGGGAAAACCUACCUCAGUUCUUGGCUUAUUAUAGUCAUUGUACAAGAGUAUAGAAAUCAUAAAUUGGAUUUUUUUUUUUUUUUAAAGCAACCUUGCAUUACUAAGAGGAAUACUGUACCAACGUUCUGUGUGCUGUGGAGGUGACUAAAAGUGCUCAAGAAUUACUAACUGGAGGGAUAGUCUCAUAGCUUUAAAAUGUAAAAAGCUUAUCCUCUCUCUGUUUAGUUUUAAAUAUCCAGUAAAUCCUAUGUGUCUCCAGUUGUCCUUUAUGUCAAGUUGCACUUGAGGGUUCUCUCUCCUCAUCAUUUCUUUACAUUAUUGAUUAAAUGCAAUGACUAGAGAGGGUUUGCCAAAAUGGAAUGUAAGAAAAGUUCGGCUGACAACCGGUUUACAUGUUUUUGGUUCCAAAGCUGUUUAUGUAUGCUUUCUCAUUCACAAAGUCACAAAGUUGAGUAACAUGGUGUCCCAAAACCAAAUCCUUAACUUGUGAUUGGGCGAAGAGUCUCUAAACGAUGUAGCUCUUUUGUACUUUGGUCCAUUUGUAGAUAAUUUAUAAAUGUUUCUAAUUGAUUUUACGACAGCCUUUUUGUUAGUGCACUGAGAUUUCCUCUCCCUGUAACAGACUGCAAGCAUUCUCCAUAGUGUCCUUUGAAAUCACAUGUAUCAGUCCACCGUAUGUGCUUGCUUUGUGAAUCAAAAAAAAAAGAA